AAAAAAUGACACAUGUCAUAUAGUGGCGAUUUGUGUGUUGACGUUUUUACGAAGCUUCUUUGCUAGAUUUAUUAAAUUAUUAUAACGAAUCAUAUCAGAACAUCUUAAUUUACAACAGUAAUUUAUGAAUAACUUCGAUCGCAGUGUUCAGUGUUUCGCUAAAUUUGACAUAAGAGUGGCAAAUGUUUUAUAAUCAAAAUGUACUUUCCAAUAGGAUGGCCCAAAGUUCUGAAAAAUCUGGGUGCAGAUAAUCAAAUUAUAAAACAAAUCGUUUCGAAUAGAGACAAGAUAUUGUUUGCUUCACUGAGCGAUGACUGCCUCGCAGUAUGGUUCUGCAAGCCAACAGUACCCAUAGUGUACCACAAGAGGAGUACAGAAUCUCUUCAGCGACUCGGCGUCAAUGUUGGAGUGGAGUGGAAACCUGAUUCAUCUAUGAUAUGUAUUUCUACAUCAGAAGGUCAUCUCAUACUGUACAAUGUAGAAGCCCACAGUGAACAGACAGCGUAUCAGCAAUAUGACCCCCCCACCGCAAGCUUGAGACGAGACUCCGCUGAACUCUUCGUCAAGGAAGUUAUACCAUCACUGAAAAUCACCUUGUUAAAAGAAGUAUUAGUUUGGGACGGUCAGAUCACUCGCAUGUGCUGUAUAUCAGGCACGGAAAUCCUUGUCUGUACCACCCGAGCCCACUUACUGCGGUACCGAUGGGACGGCACACAGAACCGGGACUACUGUCUUGAUCUUGGAAGAAUACCAUUUUCUAUAAAUCAACAAGUUUCUAAGGCUGAGCCAAUAUUAGAAGACAAUACACAUGUAAAUGAUAUAGAAUAUUCCCCACUAGUGUGUGGUUUUGGGAUAACGCUGAAUGACGGACGAGCGGCGUAUCUCACCGCGCCUAAUCUCAAGUUUGAUCCUAAUGCGGUGCAAGGUAUUUGGGCUCCUGGCAUCGAUGACGCGACUUGCGCAAGAGUCAACCAUAAGUUUAGAUUAAUUGCUAUUGGCAGGAAAAAUUCUCAAGUGGAUGUGUUCACGAUAGACGAGGCUACGGGCGGCUUGGAGCUGUCGCACACGAUGGUGCUCAGCUCUAAAGACUUCCCCGGCGAUCCUGGACCAGUUAAAUGUAUGAGAUGGACGGCGGACGGCCGUGCAGUAGCUGUAAGUUGGGAGCGCGGCGGAGUGUCGGUAUGGAGCACAUUCGGGGCCCUGCUCAUGUGUUCGCUGGCGUGGGACUACGGACUCAACCAGGAUUUGGGCAAGUCCAACCCGCUGGUUGUGUCUAGUUUAGAGUGGGCAACGGAAGGCUACCAGCUUUGGAUGGUAAAAGUGGAAAGUGAUACGAGUACUAACAUCAUUCAACUGGAUUUCGUUAAAAGUCCACUCAGCGUUAAUCCUUGCAUGAGCAACCAAAGACACCUAUACCUACAAGCGGACGACAAACUCUACGUGAACUUAGAGGACAACUUAACCAAACGAACCAAGAUCUCCAUCAUUGACUCUUCAUCAGAACUGUACCAAGCAGAGAAUGGUUUACCCGACCAGCCGAACUUGGAAUAUGAGAGCAGUACUAAUUACAGGGAGUUCGUGGAUGAUAAUGAGUGCAGGAAGCAAUGGAUCGUGUUGCCGCUGCCCGCUACGUAUAUUGCUACUAAUUGGCCUUUGAGGUACAGCGCCAUAGACGAGGCGGGCGUGAACGUGUGCGUGGCGGGCCGCACGGGGCUGGCGCACUACAACUGCCUCGCGCGGCGCUGGAAGCUCUUCGGCAACGAGGCGCAGGAGAAGGACUUCGUGGUGGCCGGCGGCAUGCUGUGGUGGAGAGACUACGUCGUCAUAGGUUGCUACAGUAUCCUAGACGGUCACGACGAGAUCCGUUUCUACCCACGAGAAGCAAAACUCGACAACAAGUUCGCUAAGAUCGUUCGAGUACAAUCCCAAGUGUUCGUGCUAGACAUACUGGAUGAUCAGCUCGUCGUGUUCGGCGCUGAUGCCCUCGUCACCAUCUACGAGCUCAACUGUCUCGAUAACGCGGGCAACAUAGAGAUGCGGUGCGUACAAGCAGUGGACGUGUCGGCGCUGUCACACCCCGCGUGCGUGGUGUCGGCGUCGCUGUGCCGCCUGCAGGACCCGCCGCGCCACCGCUCCUCCACCGUCUGCCUGCCCGUGCAGCGCCAGCCUGACUCGCUUGUGAUCAAUGCCAGCGGUAAGCUGAUGAUGGUUCAAAGAGAAGAGUACGACGUUGAUGAAGACAAUAACCCGGCAUAUAGCUGCCUUCCCGCCACAGUCCUGGCCUCUUGCGUGGAAAGUGUCUGGUCAUGUGGCAGCGUCUCCGGCUCCCAGACCCAGUUGUCCCGAGCUCUAUGGCUGUGGUGUGGAGCCCUAGGCGCCAGGGUGUGGCUGCCUCUGCUGCCGAGAGACGCCACCAGACAUCCCGACUCGGGGAGACAUACGUUCAUGGCUAAGAGGAUCAUGCUACCGUUCCAUCUGAAUAUUUAUCCACUGACAAUUUUAUUCGACGACGCUAUCCUACUGGGCGCUGAGAACGACACGACGCUGUACGCUUCUGACUCAAACUCGGUGUUCUCGUUACCAUUCUGCGUCGUCAAUAGAACGAGCCAAGUCUACCUACACCAGAUUCUAAGGCAGCUGCUACGCCGUAACCUAGGCUACCACGCGUGGGAGAUCGCGAGGUCCUGCUCACAGCUCGCGUACUUCCCGCACUCCUUGGAACUGCUGCUGCAUGAGGUGUUGGAGGAAGAGGCCACGAGUAAAGAGCCCAUACCUGAUGCACAGCUGCCCUCGAUCAUUGAGUUCGUGCAUGAGUUUCCCGUGUAUUUGCAGACGGUGGUGCAAUGCGCAAGAAAAACAGAAAUUGCGCUAUGGGCGUAUCUAUUUUCGGCAGCCGGAAAACCAAAGGAAUUGUUCCAAGAAUGUCUGCACCGCAAGAUGUUGGACACAGCGGCUUCAUACUUGAUCAUAUUACAGAACUUGGAAAGUUCAGCGGUGAGCAGACAGCUGGCGACGCAACUCCUGGACACUGCGCUGCAGCAGGAGAGGUGGGAUCUCGCCAGGGAUCUCGUCAGAUUCCUCAGGGCUAUAGAUCCUAACGACGUGGAUUCACCGCGGAACUCGGUGAACGUCCAAGCGAAGUACGGACAGGUGGUGCAGUCGCAAACUGUCAGCCCCAACGCCGAGGACUUGUCCGUCAUAUUGGGCAGUAUGCAGUUGGCAGGCGGUCGUGGGCGCAGCUUCAGCACGACCGUGUCUCCGCGCGAGCCCUCGCCCCCCGCGCACGCGCCGCCGCCCCCCGCGCCCCCACCACAUGCCCCCCCUGCUAGGGCCACAGCCGCUGUCAAGAGAAAGAAGUCUGUACCUGCUAGGGCUGACAGGGACUCAUACAGCGGUACAGCAGAAGAGUUCUUCAUAGACAUGAUGAUACAACGUCACGCGCGACUCCUUCUAUCCACCGCCCGACUCUACGCACUAGGCAAGAUGGCCGCCGCGUUAGACUUACACCUCGUCGCGUGGUUAGCCGGCGAGAGGGAACGCGCGGCUAGAGUAGAUAGUGCGGUGUUGUGUGUGAAGAGGCUACAUGAAGACUUCGCCUGGCCCUACCCUGUGGUCAAUGAUGCUGAGCAGUACUUGCAGAGGAAAGGCAGCACUGUUACCAGUUCAUACACGCCGUCAGCGGAAUCAGACAGCCUGUGCGGUGACAGCGGAUACAUGAGUCUACCGUUACGUGCUGCACUGCCUUUAAUGACCGGCGCUGUUCCCGUAUCGCCUGGACCUGUCAGUUCAGCGGGCGAAGGCAGUGUAGCCGAAGGUGGCGGCGUGGCGUGGGCGGGUGAAGCCCUAGGAGCGGGUGAAGAGCGACGCUACGCCGCGCUCAUGGAACGCUUGCAUCAUCACCAGGCUGAACGAGGCUCCCAUACCUCUCAUGUACAACUCAGAUACUACCUCCAACUGAUGACAGAAGCCAGCUGCGUAGAAUGGGCAGUGGUCGUAGCAGUAGUACUGCGCGACGCGCUGGCCGUGCUGCGGACGACUAACGCGGCGCGGGGAAAUGACGUCAGCUUGGACGCCGUGCGACGCCUGCGCAGGGCGCUGCAGGACAUAUGCGCUUGGACUGAUGCUGAGUGCCUCGGCUACAAACCAUUUAUGAUGGCGAUAAGCAACCAAAUCCCCUUCCUAACAUCGAUCAUCAACUCGCGAGAACGUCGGAUAUCGAUGUCGAAGACUCGCGUGCGGACUUCAAGCACCAGUUCUUUGGGAGCUGAAGUUAAACCAAAGCCACAGACUCAAGAAGCCAAGCUCCCCCCACCACAGAAGGCGGAAGUGUCGAAGCAGGCGGGGAGGAAGGAGUCGGCGGGGGCGGAGCCUGCCCCCUCGGUGACGGUGUCGCCGCCCCGCCCCCUGCCUGCGCCCGCGCGGGACGACGUGUCCACGGGCUGCGUGCUCAUGUAAUAUUUCAUUUGAAAAGUAUGUAUAAGGAAAAGACUCGUGUCAGUAUCAAUGUUUACAAAGUCUGUGCAAUGGCGGCAAUUAGAGCGAAAGUGUUUGUUAAGUUGUAUGUCUCGUAAAAUUGCUACUCUCACGAGUUUUUUUAGUCUGGUAACAUUUUUGUCAGGACUAGAAAUUCUGAUGAAAAUUGGUUUUCUUCUACAAACAGUAGAACUAGCAUAGUUAGACGUCAGUCGAGAUUUAGAUAGUCGUUAAAAUUAAGAAUAAAAUUUUAUUAAUUUAACACAUUUCGUACUUUCGUACUCUAGAAACUUUCUUAUAUAAUGUAAUUUUUCACUUCGUCUCGACAUUUCUAAUCAAUGUUCUUUCUUGAAUUGUUUUGUACAUAUUUAGGUAAAAUUAAAUGAAUCUUUAUAGUAAGUGACUUUUUCAACCUUAUGAAAAUAAAAUUAAUAUUAUGAUCAUUUUGGUGCUGAAUAAUGUAUACAUCUCAAUAUUUAUUU